AUGUACGCACUAAAGGUUCUAGUCCUCAUUGUCGCAAUACUGAUCAUAAAAACUAAAGCUUCGCCAGUUGAGUAUGAAAAUUAUGACUAUGAUUCAUACAAUCAAGAGCCUGAGAAUAGUUAUGAGGAGUCAUAUCCAGAUCAUGGAUACUCAGGAUAUGAAUACGAUUCACACGAUAACUACGCUUUUAAUUACGGAGUGAAUGAUCCACACACGGGGGACGUAAAGAGCCAGGAGGAAGUCCGCGUUGGCGAUGUGGUCAAAGGAUCUUACAGCAUUAAUGAACCGGAUGGAACAAUCAGGGUUGUCGAGUAUACUGCUGAUGACCACAAUGGAUUUAAUGCUGUUGUAAAGAAAAUUGGACAUUCCAUACAUCCCAUUCCUCUUAUUGCUAAAUAUCAUCCUAUUGUCCCUGUUCAUUACCCAUUUAGUCACCAGCAAUAUCUCUACUAA